UCAUUUUUAUUUUCAUGAAUGGCUCAUAAUUUAUUUGUUCCUAUGGCUCACAGGGUCUUCUUUAAUAUUUGGCCAUCUUUGUCUAGGUAUUGUUUUCUAUUUGCUGGAAUAGCUCUCCACAAACUUUUGAGUUUAGAAGAUGAUCAUCAUCAUGAAGAUCAUAAGGAGCCACAAGCACUUCUUUAUGGACCAUUUUCGGCUGCAACAGAGCACACAUCUAACCUCGGUUUAUGCACAGAUCGUAUAACCCCAAAUUCGUGGGACGAAUUGGACCUUGUUGGGGGAAGGAAGACUGGACCUGCUAGAGAGCAGAGUAGGUGCUACUUCUUUUAGCAUAUGAAGAUUGAUGGUGUACUUGGAAAAUGGUGGUGUCUUCUAGUCAACAAGCAAACUCUGAAACUUCACCAUGCUAAGUCCUUAUUUCUUCAUUUCAAAAGUGUCGGUUAAGUCUUUUCACUAUGAUAUUUGUCAAUUUCCAAAACACCAUAAUGCAACAUUUCCUCCUGGUCGUAAUAAAAGUCAUGCACUUUUGAACUUGUGCAUUCUUAUGUGUGGUGACCUAUUAAUGACUCUACACACGGGGCUAUGUGGUUUGUGAGAUCAAUUGGUGACUGUACUAUUGUGACAUGAUUGUCUUUUGAAGAAUAAAUAUAAGGUUUGUUGAAUAUUUGUCUAUUUCCUCCCUCUUUUUAAAAUCAAUAUGGAAAGUUUAAUAAGAGAGUUCGAUCUAAUGAUGAUACAAAAUAUGUCAAUCUAAUGACAUUAUUCAAGAGCUAAGUUGUGUUAAUCUUUCAACAAAAUGUGUUUUAGUGGUUUUUAAAAUGCUUCUCUUCAAUCUAUCAUUCAAGAGUUAUGUAAGCACGGGAUAACAAGAAUAGUGAUAGCA